GUUGCUGUCCUUCCCAGUCCGUUCCCCGCUUUCUCCCUCAUUGCACUCAAGGUUCUUGGUCUGAAAAAAAUAAAAAUUCUCGCGCCGAAUGGUCAACCAGCCUAGUUCAGCUCGUCGCCACCUGCUCCCUCCUCCGUUGAUGGCGAAGCCAGGAUACUGAGGCAAUACAGCUCCCUCUAGCAAACCUAGGGCCGUGUAGUGCCCGUCCACCUUUCUGAUGAUGUCUGCCUCCGCGCACAAAAAUGAGAUGGGCAUCACUGCCAACGCCGACGGCCAGAAAGGCCCGCGCAUCUACAUUUUCCCGCCUGACCCCAUCAGUGCCGACCCAACUCCACCACCACACGCACGCCUCGCGGCGGAUGCGCAGCAGCAAGAAGGUUUCGGUCAUCCCUUGAGGGCUAUGGGACUUCCGACAAAAACAACAGCAGGCGGGCUGCAGCAGAGAGCCAAACAGAGAGAAGCGGAGAGCGGUAGACGCCGCACCUACUGUGGUGCGUGUUGCCUGGUUGCAGUCAUGUUUCUCCCCAGAGGUGCAGGCGCCUUUAUGGCGGAGAGCGGCAAGGUCGACGAUGAGUCGUUGAGCAAGGAGGCACCGACCAAGUGUCCCAACUACAACGUUGAGGACCCGACGCGACGCAUAUGGGUUUUCACCACGGCAAGCCUGCCGUGGAUGACGGGCACCGCUGUGAACCCUCUGCUGCGGGCGGCUUACCUCACUCGGGGACGCGACAAGGGGAAGGUUACGCUAGGGGUGCCGUGGCUUGUGGACGAGGACCAGGAGAAAGUCUACCCCAAGGGAAAGCGAUAUGCAGCCAAAGAAGAUCAGGAGGCAUACGUUCGCGAGUGGCUCGUCAAGGCGGGCCUCGAGGAAGAGUCCAAGAACCUCGACAUUUUGUUCUACCCAGCGAGGUACCACGAACAGUUCGGGUCCAUCUUCCCUAUGGGAGACCUCGCGGCGCAGGCUCCUGACGAAGAAGCGGAUGUAGCGGUUCUCGAGGAGCCAGAGCAUCUGAACUUCUUCAGGGCUGAGGGUGUUCCGUGGCUCAACAAGUUCAACUACGUGGUGGGCAUCAUCCACACCAACUACCAGUUCUACGCCAGGGGGGAGAAGCACGGUCGCGUGAAGAAGCCGAUAGUGAAGGCGGCCUGCGCCUUCACGGUAAGGGCUCACUGCCACCGGAUCAUCAAGCUCUCCGACGCGCUACAGGGCUAUGCUCGGGAGAAGGAGAUGGUGGAAAACGUGCACGGGGUCAGGCCGCAAUUCUUCGAAGUUGGGGACGAGGCUGUCAAAAACGGCUUCACGGACGACGCCUACUUCAUCGGCAAGGUGCUGUGGAAAAAAGGCAUAGACAUCCUCCUGGCGCUCAUGUACAACGCUCGGAGCGCCAACACGGAGGGGUCGGACGUCAAGCCGGAUGCUAUCGUUGCCGAUGCCGCGACUGCCACCGCGGCAGCCGCCGAUACCGACAGCACCGGUUCGAACGAUCCGCCACCACCGCCACCGCCGUCGCCGCCGUCGUCAUCUUCCGUCAAAGAAGACGGAGCGGGGGGUGAGAAAAGGGGUGACGUCGGUGCCGGCGAAAGCAGUCAAGGCGGCGCCGGCGGCGGAGAAGCCAAGCCCUUCCCGAUCGUCAUCUACGGCAACGGCAGCGAGUUGGACGAGGUGAAAGAAAAAGUCCAGGAGAUGGACCUUCCGGUUAGCUUCCAAGAUGCGAUCGACCACGCCGAGCUCGGGAACUACAAGGUCUUCGUUAACCCCAGCCAGAGCGAGGUCUUGUGCACCACGAUCGCGGAGGCCCUGGCGAUGGGGAAGUGGGUCGUCUGCGCCAGGCACCCUUCGAACGAGUUUUUCUUCAGCAACUUUGAGACGUGUCUAUCCUUCUCCGACGAGCAGGAAUUUCUCUCGUGCAUGCAGAAGGCGUUGUCUGGAACACCCCCGAGACUGUCCGAAGUGACGAGGCACAAGCUUAGCUGGGCGGCCGCAACGGACAGAUUUAUGGCUGCCGCUUCCAGGCCCGAGGUUCCUGGCCGCAACAACACAUCGAAGUCUGCUAGAGGCUUGGCGAGGCUGGACAAGCUGCUCGCCGCGCUUCACCAGCACACCAUGAAGGGGAAGCGGGGCGACCUCCUGCGCCAGGCGUUGGGAGGGGGCCCCGUGGCGAAGCAGAACAGCUUUGUCAAGGGCACGGCAACAGCAGCAGCAGCUGCUACUUCCGGCGCAUCCGCAUCCGCCGACAUCAGCCCGAAUGACGGUCAAGCCGUAGCCACCGAAGAAGCGGAAGCGGCAGCAGGCGGUGAUCACAGCAGUAGUGGCGGCAGUACCGAAGCGGCUGCUGAAGUCUGAGAAGUCUGAUGCUGCCGAGGCGGGAGGGCGGUCGUCUGAUCGACUUGCCUUCCUUUGCGCAACACGUGUCUCUUUCGGACUGUUAUCGGUUUUUGCGGCUUUUUUUUUUUUAUCGUGGCAUUUUUUAGCUUGACAAGACAAGAGCAUACAGGGUAUCCGAUUGUAGAUCCCCCUCAAAGUCUUGAACGUACAACUAACAGGCCUAAUGUGGUACGCCACACUUCCACCCGUGCGAGGGGACUCGUGUGGUCGACAUGGUGUGUUUUUUGCUUCUUCUUAUAACCCUCCGUUUGCCCCGAUUAUGGAGUGCACUUAGUCUACGACGAAGUUCGCCGCGUCCGUAAAGACAAGCCCGUUGAAUUGCCUCCCUGAUUUACACAACUAGCGUCCUUCAGUCCUCAGUCACAACUGUACGUAUGUACAUACGUACGUUGUUGUGGAUAUCAUAACUUCUUUGGGUGAUGCUCUUGUGGUUCAAUAAACGCCGACCCUAUCCCUUAGGUCCGAGGAGAGGAACAUGUCAUGCCAGCCCGUGGCUUGGUACCUUCAGAGGAAAAGUAAGGUACUGUAAAAUGGGUAAUGAUUUAUUGUAGAUGUAGGAUUCCUGUUUCUGUGAAUGCCCCUAAUGAUGUUUUUCCAGCAGAAUCGCCUCCUCCGUAAAGUUCGCCCUUCUGACAACAACGAACGCCGUUAGUUACGCGUCUUUUAAGAGAAUCAGAUGCGCGUAAGAGAGAGAGAGAACAGGUGCCCGCAGUUUUCUGAUUGGUAAACUUAUUUUGAAAGGAGAUUUUUUAUCUUUUUUCAGAUUGGCCAAGAAUCCCUGGUCGACAUCACGUGUCACGCCUACCAGUGUGUAUGGAGCAACCGGCCUGUAGGCUACGGGCUUAUACGAGGAGAGCAAUUUCUACCGAGGGUUGCGCAUAUGUAUCAGUAGUAGCCACCCUGAUACAUGUAGUGCCUUGUCCGGUUUGGAAAAUACCGUGUAAUCGGUACAGCAGCACCUGCACCGUUCACAGGCGUGGGCAAACCGGCCAACCGUGAUGAAAGCGCCCCGGCCCGUUCGAAACUAGAAUCACGUUCAGCGUUAUGGGGGCAAACCAGACGGGAAAGCCAUUCGCUUGACUUUCAGUGUUCCGCACAUAGUCAAGACACCUAAU